CACCCAAACAAGCGUAAACUGUACAACCUGCUUUCGCUCCACACCAUUGCGAUUGAACAUGUAACCGCUACUGAAGUCUACGACCAUUCCAAGGAUGCAUGAGCUCCUCCCGUUGCAUCCAGACCUGCUCUAUGCCUGCGUUCUUAUUUCCCCAACUUUUCCCAACAGUCCCCAGCCAAACCACAGCUCCCCACCCCAAGCCUUCCGGAACCUGCAUCUUCAUCGACCACGGUUCGCCAUCAUGUUGUGUGUCAUGGAUCGGACCUCCGCUAGACUUUGCAUCCUUGCUACUCGCUACUUGCCACCACUUAUUUAUUGGCUCGCUGCCACUCCCGCCUUUGAUCCUGAACGAGCCCACCACGACAAAUACAUCACAUUGGAGGGUGAUCCGGAGAGGAUGCACUCGUCGUUUCGAGUCUCAAAAAAUACCAGAGGAGAUUGCACUCCGUUCUCGACCAUGCAGUCCCCUCAGCGGUCAUAAUAAUCCUAAAUUCUGUCUGUUGGUGGUAAUGCCAGCCGGAGUGCUAAAAUGCUGCCUUCUACGAGAGCACGAUUGGGAGGAAGGUGGUAUUGUGAAACAAUCUUUCUUAUUUGUACGACGAAGGCCCCAUUUUAAGGGACUGCUUUAUGAAGCAUAGUAUACCCGGCACCAACGGGCAAACGUUAAGGACCGCGUAUACGGGUAAUGUCAUUCGUGCUGCAUCUGAAUGUCGAGAUUAACGAAAGUGAUAUUCCAGCGGCUCUGAAGGCUUACAUUGUCUAUCCCCAGCGACGCCUCUCUGGUGGCCAAUAACAGCGGAAUGAGAA